AUGUCGCCUCUUCAGGUUGAUGAAGAGCCACCGGCCAGCUCCUCAGAUGAGUCUGAUGGCGAGACUGAGAGAAAACUUGCCCAGAUGAGACGCUCUCAUCGACAACGACUUCAAGAGGCCCAUUUUCAAUCCCUACUCGCGCAACACGCAAAUCGAGACCACGGCACGACCAAGAAUCCCCACAGACUUGGGGGCUCAGACAAUUCACGUGAGCAUCUUAACAUUGCCCAGUUACUCAAACGACAAGAGAUUGGUCGCGGGGAUCUUAAUCCUCGUGAGUACCAAAUCGAGCUAUUCGAGCGAGCAAAGGCCGAGAACACGAUCGCGGUUCUAGACACAGGAUCGGGAAAAACCCUGAUUGCAGUUCUUUUGCUCAAGCAUAUCUUACAGCAAGAGCUGAGAGACCGCGCUGAUGGCAAGACUCCUCGGAUUGCCUUUUUCCUGGCUCAUAGUGUGACUCUUGUAUUUCAGCAGUCGGCUGUGCUACAAAAUAACCUGGAUCAGAAUGUGGCUCACAUUUUCGGUGCGAUGGGCCCAGACCUUUGGGACCAAAAGGUCUGGAAUGAAUACUUUGCCAAAAACAUGGUAAUCGUUUGCACAGGGGAGAUCCUCAACCAAUGCCUGCUCAAUGGCUUCAUCAAGAUGAGUCAGAUCAACAUCUUGGUCUUCGAUGAAGCCCACCACGCGAAGAAAGAUCACCCUUAUGCACGCAUUAUCCGCGAGUCCUAUCUCAAAGCACCCAUGUCCAAACGCCCCAGAAUUUUUGGGAUGACGGCCUCCCCUGUCGAUGGAAAGACCAAAAUGGCUGAAGCAGCAGCUCAGCUCGAAGUCCUCCUUGGGAGCCGGAUUGCCACCACCGGAAAUAUGGAGGCACUUCGCCAGAUCGUGAACCGACCCUAUCAGGAAACGUGGACCUAUUCGAAGCUCAACCCACCUUUUGCAACGAAAAUGUACACUCAACUACAAGAGAGUUUUGGAAAGGAGAAAUCACUUGAGCCUGUCUUCAGGUUUGCUUGGGCUAUUAGCUCAGAGCUGGGUGAAUGGUGUGCGGAUCAAGUGUGGAUCCAAGCUCUGAGAGAGGACGUGAUACCUCGUCUUGAGAGCAGCACUGGGAAACAUCCCGAGCUAGAUCCUUGUGAGACUGAUCAGAUCCGGAAAGAUCUCAUGAGUGCUAGAGAGGCUUGCGAGAUGGUGAAGAAUCACGAGUUUCGGAAUCCGCUCGACGAAGGCCAGCUGAGCUCAAAAGUCCGACUUCUUAUCGCGAGAUUAUCAAUGCACUUUGAUUCAUCGGAUGACAAGAAGUGUAUCGUCUUUACCGAGCGACGGAAUACAGCCAAGGUCUUGCUGCGCCUUUGCGAGGUAAUGAAGAUUCGAAAUCUUCGCCCCGGAAUCCUGGUCGGCGUUCGCAAGUCUGAUAUCACGGGGAAUGUUACAUUUCGUCGCCAGUUUGAGGUUAGAGGCCAGUUUCACGAUGGAACGGUCAACUGUCUGUUUGCAACAGCGGUUGCAGAAGAAGGACUCGAUAUCCCUGAUUGUAAUUUCGUCGUGAGAUUCGAUCUCUACGACACGCUCAUCCAGUACAUUCAGAGCCGCGGACGUGCACGGCACGCCGAAUCGACAUAUGUAACCAUGGUCGAAGAUCAGAAUGAGACCCAGAAAAGGAAGGUGCAAGAAGUGCGUGAAGCAGAAGUUCUCAUGAGAUCCUUCUGCGAGGCACUCCCCAAGGAUCGGCUGCUUUGUGGAAAUGACUAUGAUAUCGACCUGAAAGCAGUGCUAGCAAGAAAAAAGGGACUGAGAACUUACAAAAUUGAAUCCACAGGAGCAACGCUGACAUAUGGGCAUGCAAUUGACGUUCUGGCCCGCUAUGCAGCAUCACUGCAGUAUCAGGAGGAAGACGUUAAUCAUAAUCAGAAUCAAAUUCAAGCUGACAUAGGCACUUAUGUGAGUUACUUGAUGCACUCCGAGGGAGAGAAAUUUAGCUGCGAGGUCACGCUUCCCGACAAUUCUCCUAUCAGGGGCGUGCUAGGCACCUCGGAAUCAAGUAAAGCCCUGGCUAAAGGGUCGGCGGCAUUUGACACUUGCCUGGUGCUCCGGAAGAGCAAUCUGCUAGAUGGCCAUUUCAGGCCGAUCUUCCAUCGACGCUUACCUGCUAUGCGAAAUGCUAAGCUGGCAAUUGCGUCGAAGAAGCAGGAAAAAUAUGACCGGCGCUGUAAGCCUUCCCACUGGAGCCAUCAGAUUGGGACCAUUCCAACAGAGCUCUAUGCCACGUUAAUCCGGUUCAACCCUCUAAAGCCGCUGGCCCGUGAGCAUGCUCCCCUGAUACUACUUACCCGUACAAAGCUCCCAAGCUUCCCUCGUUUCCCUAUUUUCCUGGAUGAUGACAUAGAGACCACGGUUCAAACACUGUGCGUGGAGAGCCCCCUUACCGUCAGCUCUCAAGAGCUGGGUUACUUUACAGACUUCACAGUCUCCGUCUUCUGUGACGUAUUCCACAAGGUCUUUGAAUCGAAACCAGAGGCAUUCCCGUAUUGGCUGGCCCCAGCGCACUUAAACGCAGAUAUUGGAAAUCCCACCGAGUUGCCAAAUGAAAUCAUUGACUGGGAAGUCUUGAGCUUCGGUCACGAGCACCGUGAGUGGAAGUGGUCGGAAAACAUGGACCCUGAAUCCCUUCUCAAUCGGUUCAUGUAUGACCCCUGGAGUGGAAAGUUUCGCUAUUUCCCACUCAGGAUUGACCCUAAUCUGCGACCAUCGGACGCUCCGCCUUCCUACGCCCCGCGCCGUCGAGACAUCAACAUGAAGAACAUCAUGAAUUAUUCCUCGAGCUUGGGCAGAAAGUCACGGGACCUUUUCUUGCAACGUUGCAACUGGAACCAGCCGGUCGUGCAAGCAGAGAUGGUUUGUCUUCGCAGAAAUUUCUUGGAUAGAGCAAAUGAGUCCGAGAGAUCAGAGAAAGCCUUGUGUGUUCUAUGCCCUGAAGCGGUGAUGCUCUCUGCGAUUCCUUUGCCAACGGUGUCAUCAUGCUUGGCCUUUCCUGCUAUCAUUAGCAGACUGGAGUCAUAUCUGAUUGUGCUGGAAGGAUGCGAGCAUAUAGGCCUUGAUAUCAAGCUUGAUUAUGCCCUGGAAGCAUUUACCAAAGACUCUGACAACACCGAGGAGCAUCGUGAGGAACAGACACACGUGCAACGAGGCAUGGGCAAGAACUAUGAGCGUCUGGAGUUCUUGGGCGAUAGCUUUCUUAAGAUGGCUACAUCAAUUGCUCUGUACUGCAAGAGACCGGAUGACAAUGAGUACGACUAUCAUGUUUACCGAAUGUGUCUCAUCUGCAACAAGAACCUAUUCGAAGCCGCAGUUGACAUCAAGCUUUAUGAGUACAUCCGGAGUCGUGGAUUUUCUCGUCAUACAUGGUUCCCUCCAGGCCUCCGUCUCCUUCAAGGUCGUAACUUUGCAAGGAAUUUCCUGGCCGAAAGUAGUCAUGAUCUUGCAAAGAAGACGAUUGCCGAUGUCUGUGAGGCUCUGAUUGCGGCUGCACUCCUUUCCGGGGGCACGAAUCAUCGCUUCGAUAUGGCCGUUAAGGCUGUGACGCGCUUUGUCAAAAAUGACACGGCCACAGUGAGCCAUACUGCAACAUCUUGGGCUGACUACUACCAGUCUUACACAAAGCCCAAAUGGCAAGACAAUGUGCCGAACGGGUACGAGUUGGACCUUGCGCAGCAAAUAUCCAAGAAGCUUGGCUACCAGUUCAAUUAUCCCGCAUUGCUUCGGUCUGCAUUCACACAUUCAUCUCUCCCACGUCGAAUGGCCAUUGUGCCGUGCUAUCAGCGUCUGGAGUUUCUAGGUGAUGCGCUUCUUGACAUGGUGUGUGUCGAGCGCCUGUUCCAUCGGUUUCCCGACAAGGACCCCCAGUGGCUCACGGAGCACAAAAUGGCGAUCGUGUCAAACAAGUUCUUGGGUGCUCUCGUGGUGCAUCUUGGACUCCAUCGACAUCUCCAAUAUGCCGACGGCCCCAUCCAGGGACAAAUCACUCGCUAUGCGGAAGAAAUGCAGAUCGCAGAGGCUCAAAGCGACGGUGCGAUGGACUACUGGCUACAUACCACGGAUUCUCCCAAGUGCCUUCCCGAUAUGCUCGAAGCAUACAUCGCGGCUAUCUUCGUGGACUCAGAGUUUGACUACACUGUGGUCGAGAAGUUCUUCGACACACACAUCCAGCCAUACUUUGUGGACAUUUCUUUGUAUGACACAUUCGCUAACAGGCAGCCGACAACUUUCCUGUUUCACCAGCUAUCGACUGUCUACGAAUGCAAAGAUGUCUGUCUCAAAGUUGGCCAGCUCCCUGAUUCAGACUCCGAACAGCCGGAGAUGCUCGCUGCUGUGAUAGUACAUGGGCAAUGCAUUGGAGAUGCAGUUAGAACUUCAAGUCGGUAUGCCAAGAUCAGAGCCAGUGAGAAAGCCAUAGAGGCUAUCAAGAUGCUACUACCCGUCGACUUCCGCCUCAAAUAUCGCUGUAACUGUCAAUCGACAGAUACCAAUUCAGAGAAGGAGACCAAGAUGAAGGAACAGAGCCUUCUCGAUCUACAGUCUGAUCAGAAAGAGAGCAGGACGAGGGUACCUUGA